UCGGGAUCCGGAUCUUCUGAUGUAAAAAAUCAAAUGAUAUGGUAAAGUGAGAAAUCAUAACCAUAGAAGGUGCAUCAAUACUAAUAAACGAGGAGAGAGAAAAAAUAGUAAAAUAGAUAGUUACAAAAUCAUAAAUUUAACUUUGUAUGGUUAUGAUCUUCUUAUGUCAUUGUCUAAUGUUUUUUCUUACGGAUCCAUUUCCCCAAACUGCGAAGUCCACACUCCACACACGUUGUCCUCUCUUUAUCUCUGUCACUAUCUAUUUUUCUUUUUCUUUCAAUCUGCAGCAAGGUAAGGAACUCGUCAUGGACGAAGAAGACACUUCUGCAGUCACCAAAACCGUGAUGGACACAACAACCACCACUACCACCACUACAUCUACAAGUGCAAAGAAGCUUACUUUGAUUCCUUUAAUAUUCCUCAUUUACUUUGAAGUAGCUGGUGGUCCCUACGGUGAAGAGCCUGCGGUUCAAGCUGCGGGUCCCCUUUUAGCCAUUCUUGGGUUCCUCAUAUUCCCUUUCAUUUGGAGUAUCCCUGAAGCUCUCAUAACCGCCGAGUUAACCACCGCUUUUCCUGGUAACGGCGGUUUUGUCAUAUGGGCCGAGCGCGCUUUUGGCCCCUUCUGGGGAUCUCUCAUGGGAACAUGGAAAUUCCUCAGUGGUGUCAUCAAUAUUGCAUCUUUCCCAGUUCUCUGCAUUGAUUAUGUCAAGAAAGUGUUCCCAGUUUUUGGGUCUGGAUGGCCUCGUUACGUUGCGAUUCUUGGUUCAACUCUGGCUCUUUCUUUUCUCAAUUAUACUGGUUUGACAAUUGUUGGGUAUGCUGCAGUGGUGCUUGCUGUUGUUUCUCUCUCUCCUUUCAUAUUGAUGUCACUUAUUGCUAUCCCAAAGAUUCAUCCCCAUAGGUGGCUUAGUUUGGGCCAAAAGGGUGUAAAAAAGGACUGGAAUUUGUUCUUCAAUACCCUCUUUUGGAACUUGAAUUUCUGGGACAAUAGUGCUUGGGAAACUGGGUUCCAUGCGCAGGCUGCAGAAAUGAUUGCUGGGAAAUGGUUGAAAAUUUGGAUUGAGUUUGGUGCAGUGUUGUCGGCAAUUGGACUGUUUGAAGCACAAUUAAGCAGCAGUGCUUACCAGGUUUUGGGUAUGGCAGAUAUAGGAAUUUUGCCAAAGUUUUUUGGGAUUCGGUCCAAGUGGUUCAAUACACCUUGGUUGGGGAUUUUGGUGUCUACUUUGAUAACAAUUGCAGUUUCUUACAUGAAUUUCACAGAUAUCAUCUCAUCUGCAAAUUUUUUGUACAGUUUGGGCAUGCUGUUGGAAUUCGCUUCAUUUCUUUGGUUGAGAUGGAAGUCACCAUUGAUAAAGAGGCCUUACCGGAUUCCAAUGAAGUUGCCAUUGCUGGUGGUGAUGUGCUUGAUACCUUCUGGAUUUCUAAUAUUCAUAAUGGUUAUAGCUACCAAGACUGUUUAUUUGGUCAGUGGUGUGAUGACCGUAGGUGGGAUAGGUUGUUUCUUCUUCAUAAAACUCUGCAAGGCAAAGAACUGGGCAGAGUUCAGUAUCAGUGAGGCUGAAGAAGAUGGCAUUGAAAAUGGUGUUUUAUGAUUUAAUCCGAAUUUAGAAAUUUCUUCAGUGUUUACUGGAUGUAAUAGUGUUGGAUUAAUCUUGACAACUGUUGGGAAAAAAGUGUUCUUUAAGGCACAGUAAUAUAAUUUAUUAGAGCCAUUUAUGGCUGAGAUUGCAUAAGAUUGUAAUUUAUAGCUACAGCUAGCAAAUCAAC